AUGACUUUGUCAACGAACAUCGACGAGAACUUUCAAUUUAGUUUCGUCAGGUGCGACGCUUCAGGCAAUCUCACGUGGGCUACAGUGAGAUGGCUGAAAGGGGCGGGAGAGGAAGAAGAAGAAGAAGAAGAAGAAGAAGAAGAAGAAGAAGAAGAAGAAGAAGAAGAAGAAGAAAGAUGGGCGAAGUGA